GCCUUAUUUCUUCCCCAGAUUCCCAACCGGCAUGUCCCUGAUCCCGCGCGCUGCUCCGGCGGCGAGCAUGGCGUUCGCCGGACGGGACCCCGCUGUCAUCUCCCUCCUCAAGAUGCUACCGCUGCUCGUGCUCCUCACCUUCUCCUCCGCCGCGGCGCCCCCGGCGGCGGCGUCACCCUCCGCCGUGCACAACAACAACUGGGCCGUGCUCGUCUGUACCUCUCGCCGCUCGUUGCUGCCUACUUGUCGCAUCAUAAAUUUGCUGUGGAUCAACGCAAUUGUAGUGGGUUCAGGUUCACUGUGCUAAAUGUAGCAGUGAGAGGUCUAAAGAAGCUAGGGUUUUGAUGUAAGUGCUGAAAAGUACGCACGAUUGAUAGAAGUAUCUGGAUCCAAUUGCUGUAUGAAUCAGCUUAUUAAUUUGUCUGUGUAUCAACGAGUUUGUCCAUCCCCUGUUUGCGAAGUAGUAUACUCUAUCGAUGUCAGUGUAUGGAGUGAUUUAAUUUUUUCUCACUGGUUGGAAUCCAUUUUGUAGUACCUUUACUCUUCUGAUUGCGACAUAGCUUAAUGUUGUCAUCAUGGUGGAGCCAGCCUGUUCGUAGAGCCUGAGCAAGGUCUAAUGGUGACCGCACUGGGAAACAUUUGCCCAUGAAGCUCUCUAUCGAAUUCUCCCUCCCUGUAAUGACUUCAACAGAGGAUCCAGGCUGAACCUGGGCAGCCUCCCAGGGUCGGCAGGGGUGGCUCUAUCAUUUUCUCGGCUGGUUUAAUUAUAGACAUAUGGCCAACACGCUGUCUUUGUACAGGACUGUUAAGAGAUUGGGAAUACCUGACGAGAGGAUAAUACUUAUGUUGGCUGAUGAUAUGGCUUGUAAUCCUCGGAACAAUUAUCCUGCCCAAGUGUUCAACAAUGAGAACCACCAGCUUAAUCUUUAUGGUGACAAUGUUGAGGUUGAUUACCGAGGUUAUGAGGUUACAGUUGAAAACUUUUUGCGAGUUUUGACUGGAAGACAUGAGAGCGCUGUACCAAGAUCAAAGCGUCUCUUAAGUGAUGAAGGAAGCCAUAUUCUUUUGUACAUGACUGGACAUGGCGGGGAUGAAUUUUUGAAGUUCCAAGAUAACGAAGAACUUCAGAGCCAUGAUUUAGCAGAUGCAGUAAAGCAAAUGAAGGAGAAGCAUAGAUUUAAAGAGUUGUUGAUAAUGGUAGAUACCUGCCAGGCUGCUACUCUUUUUUCACAGCUUCAAUCACCUGGUGUUUUGGCGAUUGGUAGCAGCAUGAAGGGGGAAAACUCUUACUCUCACCAUCUCGACUCAGACAUUGGUGUUUCUGUUGUGGAUAGAUUUACCUUCCAUACACUUGCUUUCUUUGAGAAGCUGAACAUGUAUAGCAAGGCUUCAUUGAACAGUCUUUUCAACUCAUACGACCCUUCUAUGCUGCUGUCUACUGCAUAUUAUCGAAUGGAUCUUUACAAGCGUGCAUUAAACGAGGUCCCAGUGACAAAUUUCUUUGGAUCAGUCAUGAAGACUAUCCACACUGAUUCAGCCUACACAGGCUUUCUAGCUGCACAUGACGCGGAACUCCCCCUUUCUGCAGGAAAUAAUAUACUUGAUCAUGUCAUGUCACAGAAUGAGGCUAGUGCAAGAAGAUCGAACAUAGAAGAGAUGAAUGAGGCACAAUUAAUGUCCCAUGGAUGGACAGAGGUCCUGCUAGAGCAGCUGGAAGACAAAAAUUCUGAUGUUGUUGUGAUGUAUGGUCUGGGAACUAUGGGCAUAUUGCUGGCAAUUUCAACCUGGCUAUCAAUGUAGGAACUCUGAAGUGUGCUCUUAACACAUCAUCUUCUUGCAGAAAAACUUAGUCAUACUAACUUUCACAGGAUGGGACCAAGAAGAAUGAAAAGAAGAGAGACACUUUGGCGGUCAACGUUCUGUAUUUCCUUUUUACCUAAUCAUAGCAUCCAUUCAGUUUGGAACAAAUUGUUGUAUGUAGUUUUCGCAUGGUACCCUCUACUUUUUGGAUACGUAGCUCGAUAUGUUUCGUAGUCAUUUUUAUGCAUCUGUGCUCCUGCAUCACAUAUUGUACCUGUCAGAUUAUUUCAUUGCUACUUGAAAAUAUUUCCAUGUAGCAUAUAAUCUGGAGUUUGAUGACC